AUGCCGCUCAACGGCACCAACGACAUGGAGCUCGUCGCUCGCUUGUCGAUCAGCAGUGCCACGUCCAAGGCCAAGGACAUCGAGGAGGGCGGCUACACCGGCAUCAAGACCCCCGACACGACCGGCGAGAAGGCCGGCGAGAAGGUCGGCGAGUACGAGGGCGGUGCGCUGCGCCCCGGCGGCAUGCCGGUGCUCACGAGCAAGGAGAACAUCGGUCUGGUCUUCCAGUACGCCGUUGUCGGCCUUGUGUACGGCGUGCUGCCGGCCACGAUCUACCCGUUCAUGCAGCAGUACCUCAACUGCUCGGGCUCGCAGAUCGCUGCCGCCAAGCAGCUCGUGGUGCUGCCCUGGAGUUUCAAGGUCUUCUACGGCAUGAUGUCGGACUGCCGGCCGAUUUUCGGCUACCGUCGCCGCCCGUACAUGCUCAUCGGCUGGAUCAUGAGCAUCGUGACGCUGCUGAUCAUGGCCAUCAUGCCCAUUGGCAAGCCCUACUACACCGUCGCCUCGGACCGUGACAUCGCGGUGGCCGACUACACGGACGAGAUCAAGAACCGCAUCAACUACGACGCGCCGUCGCAGGGUGCCAAGUACGUCAUCAUCAUGUUCUUCUCGGCUUGCGGCUACGUGCUCUCGGACGUCUGCGCCGACAGUAUCACGUGCGAGCUGGCCCAGCAGGAGCCUAUUGCCAAGCGCGGCAAGACGCAGUCGGCCAUCUACGUCGUGCGUACGGUUCUCGUCAUCUUCGGACAGCUGCUGACCGGUUUCUUCUUCAACGGUGAGGACUACGGCGGCGACUUCGACUUCUCGCUGAGCUUCCCGCAGCUCAUGAUCAUCGUGACGGUGCUAUCGCUGCCGGUGCUGCCGGUGACCUGGUACUACAUCAAGGAGGACAAGUCGGAGCCGGCCAACUUCCGCCAGUACAUCAGCGACUUCUGGGACCUGAUCUGCUCGCGCGCCAUGUACCAAGUGAUUGCCUACAACUUCUUCGCCGGCAUCUUCGCCACCUUCACGUACACGGCCAGCUCCCCGGUUGCUUCCGUCAUGGUGGGCGUCACCCCCAUCAACAGCACCGUCAGUGACAUCCUCAGCAACCUGCUCUUCAUGGCCGGUAUCAUGAUCACGUCCAAGUGGGGUCUGCACUGGAAUUGGCGCUGGAUGACCGUUGCCACGGGAAUUGUGGUGAUCGUCGUGGACUGCACAGUCUCGCUCUUGGUUAUCUGGGACGUGUUCCGCAACCAGUGGUUCUGGCUGGGCCCUCCGAUCGCCGUCCAGCUCCCGUACGGCGUGGGCUGGAUCAUCUCGACCUACGUGGUCGUGGAGCUGGCUGGCAUGGGCAACGAGGCCGCCGUCUACGGUCUCAUCACGACCGUCUCGAACGUGGCGCAGCCGUUCGCCACGUCGCUGACGCUCGCCAUCGACGGCCAGUUCGACAUCACCAACGAGCGCAUCAAGCUGGAUGACCACUCGGUCCGCAUGGACAUCACGUACACGAUCAUCAUCAUGUACGUGGCCAUGGCCUUCUCGUGGGUCUUCCUGUACUGGCUGCCCCGGCAGAAGGAGGAGACGCAGGAGCUGCUCCGCAAGGGCGGCCACAGCAAGCUCAUCGGCGGCGUCACGGUUGCCUACCUCAUCUUCGCCAUCAUCUGGUCCAUCAUGACCAACAUCAUGGCCAUCUUCGACAGCACCUCGUGCCUGAUCAUCGCUGGCGGAACCGGCUGCUAA